CUAACAAAGAAAUGUGAUAUCCAACAACCGAACCUUGGUUCAUGUUCAUAUUCAUCUACAUUCUAGCAGCUCUCCUGAGUGAGACCGCCAUAGAAAACGAAAACAAAUGGUGGUAAUCUCACCAACACCAUCCACUUCUCUCUCUUUCUUUUCAUCUCAAUCUCGCCUUUCUUUCAAUACUUCCUCUCCCUCAAAGCCCUUUUUCACCAAACCAAAACCAUUUGCAAUUAUGGCAAUGAGUGAAGACCCAGUUCUUAAUUGGAUUCUUACUGAAGGAAAGGCAACACAAAUUACUAAAACAAGUUCUGUUGGUGGUGGUUGUAUUAACCUUGCCACUCGUUACGACACCGAUGUUGGUCCUUUCUUUGUUAAAACUAACAGGAGUAUUGGUCCGUCGAUGUUUGAAGGGGAGGCUCUUGGUUUAAAACUUAUGUACGAAACCAAUACCAUUCGUGUUCCUAAGCCAUUUAAGGUGGGAUCUUUACCACGUGGUGGCUCUUACAUCAUUAUGGAAUUUGUAGAAUUUGGAGCAUCUAGAAGUGGACAAGCUGCUUUAGGAAGGAAGCUUGCUGAGAUGCAUAAAGCUGGAAAAUCUGCAAAAGGCUUUGGUUUUGAUGUUGAUAAUACUAUUGGGAGUACUCCACAGAUUAAUACGUGGACUUCAGACUGGAUUGACUUUUAUGCCAAGCAUAGACUGGGCUACCAACUUAAACUGGCUCGAGAUCAGUAUGGAGAUUCUUCUAUCUAUGAAAAAGGACAUAAGCUGGCGAAGAACUUGGCACCACUCUUUGAGAAUGUUGUGAUUGAACCAUGUUUACUGCAUGGAGACUUGUGGAGUGGAAAUAUAACCUAUGACAAGAAUGGCGAGCCUGUUAUUCUUGAUCCUGCAUGCUAUUACGGGCACAGCGAAGCAGAAUUUGGAAUGUCAUGGUGUGCUGGCUUUGGUUCAUCAUUUUACAACUCUUAUUUUGAGGUGAUGCCGAAACAACCGGGUUUCGAGAAAAGAAGAGAGCUUUAUUUGUUGUAUCAUUACUUGAAUCACUACAAUCUUUUCGGUUCGAGUUACCGAUCAUCAGCAAUGUCUAUAAUUGAAGAUUAUUUGCGAAUGCUACGUAUUUAAUUUUUUAAUGUUACUUGGUGACAUGUUCUAUAUAGCCCAACUUUUGUACCCCGCUUGUAUUAUUGUAAAAUUUAUACUAACAUGUACUACUAAAUAUAAUGAAAAGUAUCACAGACAUAA